GUCUGGCAGCACCUACUACUGUUUUUGUUUUUCCUACUCACAUCAUUUUUACAAUUUUAUUCUGUCUUUCUUAAAUUUUCUUAUUUGUUGUGGAAUUUUCUUUCCCUAAUUAUUACAAAAAAUAUCUGAAUAAAUCGUAUCAUCAUAAUAUAAAUACUAAAUCUGCACUAGCAUUUCUACGUAAAAUGCUGAAAAGUAGUAAUUUAGAAAGUAUUAUUAAUGCCGUGGAAGCGGAAGGUCAGCAACCGAACAAUGCAACUGAUUUGCAACAAGUGCCCGUAACGCAGCAUAACAACAACAGCUUCAAUGCAGAUGAGGCUAUAACACAAGUGAAUAAAAACACCUUCACGCCGUCCAAUGGCAUUGGUAAAAAUAAUAACAAUGAGGAUUAUAAUACCGUUCGAACAACAAAAACAACUGAUGAAUUGCCCGAUUCAUUGGCUACCAAGCAGUUGGCCACAGGUCUCUUGCAAAUUUUUGAGCCACCUCUAGUAAAAGCGCGCGGACAAUUGAAGGAGCUCAUUGGUAAACAGAAUAAAAUUUACAUUGAUUUAUCGGCGGAAAAAUUCAAAUUGGAUAACGCUGAGACGGCGAAGCUGCACGAAAUGAUGAACAAUGUGAAAAUUUAUCGGGAAAAGUUGGUUAAGAUUAAAAAGCAAAUGCAAAGCAUUUAUCAGCGCAGUAAAGUGCUGAAGAAACGCGCAAUUCAUGUGCAGGCCUGCAAACAUAAAGAGCUACAACGCAAAUUACAGAAACAACAACAAGAGGAGGCUUUAAUCGCGAAACAGCAACAAACGCAAGCGGCGGAGUGAAGUCGCCAACAAUAGUAGUCAACGUGUUACGAAAGCCUUCAGGGAAUUUUCGUAUGUAAACUUGUGUUAGAAAAAUAUAUACAUAUAUAUCAAAGACUUGCAUAUUAUUUUAGUUAAAAAGUAAAAUUUUAUAUAUUUUAUAUUAAAUAUACAUGAAUACAAAUAUUUGAAAGAAAAAUAAUGCCCAUAAGCGCCAUGCCUUAUAUCGUAUAAAAUUUAUGCUUAAGCUAUAAAUAAUGCAUGUUUAAAAAGACUAUAAUGCUAACAAAUUUCAUUUUAUUUUCUAUUUUUUUAAGUUUUUGUGCCCAGUAAAAAAUGUGUGCACAAAAUUCAAAUGCUUUGGUUUUCCAGCAACGAAUGACGGUAGUAAAAAUUAUCUCACAAAAUUGUUUACCAAUUGAAUAUAACUAAAUAAUUAUAGCAAAUAUUAAAUAUUACAGA